AUGUCCCGAUUCCUCCGUCCCGCAGCACGCCUGGCGUCCUCUGCCAGAGCUGCCUCCCUCCGCACCUCCCCCAUCUCUCAAUUCGUUAGCCGGCCUGCUGCUUUCACCAUCCAGUCACGGACAUAUGCCGACGCAAAGGGAACCAAGGACUACACUGUCCGAGAGGCCCUCAACGAGGCCCUCGCCGAGGAGCUUGAGGCCAAUGACAAGGUCUUCGUUCUGGGUGAGGAGGUCGCUCAGUACAACGGCGCAUAUAAGGUCACAAAGGGUCUUCUGGACCGGUUCGGCGAUAAGCGUGUCAUCGAUACACCCAUCACCGAGAGCGGUUUCUGUGGUCUCGCCGUUGGCGCUGCCCUCAGCGGACUGCACCCUGUGUGCGAGUUCAUGACCUUCAACUUCGCCAUGCAAGCCAUCGAUCAGAUCGUCAACUCCGCCGCUAAGACCCUCUACAUGUCCGGUGGCAUCCAGCCCUGUAACAUCACUUUCCGCGGCCCCAAUGGCUUCGCCUCUGGUGUUGCUGCGCAGCACUCUCAGGACUACUCAGCCUGGUACGGCAGCAUUCCUGGUCUGAAGGUCGUCUCCCCUUGGAGUGCCGAGGACGCCAAGGGUCUGCUCAAGGCGGCCAUCCGCGAUCCCAACCCCGUCGUCGUUCUCGAGAACGAGCUCAUGUACGGCCAGACUUUCCCCAUGUCGGAGGCUGCCCAGAAGGAUGACUUCGUUAUUCCCUUCGGCAAGGCCAAGAUCGAGCGCUCCGGCAAGGACUUGACCAUUGUCACGCUCUCCCGAUGCGUCGGCCAGGCUCUGGUUGCUGCUGAGAACUUGAAGAAGAACUACGGCGUCGAUGUCGAGGUUAUCAACCUGCGCUCCGUCAAGCCCUUGGACGUCGAGACCAUUGUUCAGUCUGUCAAGAAGACCCACCGCCUGCUUUCCGUUGAGUCUGGAUUCCCUGCCUACGGUGUCGGCUCAGAAAUCCUGGCUGUGACGAUGGAGUACGCCUUUGACUACCUUGAUGCGCCCGCCCAGAGGGUCACUGGUGCCGACGUCCCUACCCCUUACGCGGCCGGCCUGGAAGAGAUGGCUUUCCCUACUGAGCAGAUCAUUGAGAACUACGUCGCCAAGAUGCUGCGUCUGUAA